AAAGAGUCGCAGACCAAGGACCGGAAGUAGAAUGUUUAAGUCGGCUGAGGCGCCUUUGUUGCCAUUCCGGGGUUACUGCCAAGUUUGUAUUGGGAACACGUGGUAAAAUUGUUGCUUGUCUGGUCGUAAGUGUACUACGUUUGACAAUAGCAGGUAACACAGACUGUUAGGAAUUAAGCCUCCAAAGGGAAAGGAUGGUGGAAAAAGAAGAAACAGUGAUCAGCGAGGAGGAAGCGGCACAGUAUGACAGACAGAUACGUUUGUGGGGUCUGGAAGCUCAGAAACGGUUGCGUGCCUCACGAGUUCUGCUGGUUGGAAUGAAGGGUCUUGGAGCGGAGCUGGCUAAAAAUCUCAUACUAGCUGGAGUGAAAGCACUAACAAUGCUAGACCAUCAGCAGGUAUCUGAAGAGGACACUCGAGCUCAGUUCCUUAUUCCUACAGGUUCCCAGGGCCGAAACCGUGCUGAGGCUUCUCUUGAGCGAGCUCAGAAUCUGAAUCCAAUGGUGGAAGUAAAAGUUGACACAGACAAUAUUGCAAACAAAUCAGAAGAGUUCUUUUGCCAGUUUGAAGCUGUAUGUCUAACCUGUUGUCCGCGUGAUGUUAUGAUUACAACUGACCAACUCUGUCGUAAGCACAAUGUCCGGUUCUUUGCUGGUGAUGUCUUUGGUUACCAUGGCUUUAUGUUUGCCGACCUUGGAGAUCAUGAAUUUGUUGAAGAAAAGCCUAAAGUGACAAAAGUGGGUCAGGGUGUUGAAGAUGGACCCGAAGCUAAAAAAGCUAAAAUGGAACCCAGUGAAACUGUAUUGGUGAAAAAGACUCUGAGUUUCUGCCAGUUUAAAGAAGCUCUUGAGGUGGAUUGGAGGAGCGACAAAGCCAAAGCAGCACUGAAACGUACACCUGUUGAUUAUUUUCUGUUGCAAGUUCUUUUAAAAUUCCGUACUGAUAAAGGUCGUGAUCCACAACCUGAAAGUUAUGUAGAAGACUCUGAGUUGCUGCUGCAGAUACGGAAUGAUGUGAUGGAUUCUGUUGGAGUCAGUAGUGAUCUGCUUCCAGAUGACUUAUUCAGCUAUUGUUUCUCAGAAAUGGCUCCAGUGUGUGCUGUUGUUGGAGGAGUGUUGGGACAGGAAGUUGUGAAGGCUCUUUCCCAUCGAGACCCUCCACAUAAUAACUUUUUCUUCUUCGAUGGGAUCACAGGAAAUGGAAUUGUAGACUGCCUUGGAGCCAAGUAAAAGUGACAUGCUGUUAAGGUGGACUGAGGAAAAGUCUUGGAAUGCAUAAGCUUAAUUUUUCCUCUAUAAACAAAUGGAUGGCUGAAGUUCCCUGACUGAAUGAGACACAGAGUCCCUUAUGUCACUGUUGUUUCUCGACAGAAUGGAGUGCUUCUUAGAUGAGGACAAUUUGAUCUGUUCCUAGAACAUUUGGACCCUGGGUUAUUUCCAUGUACUUUUGCAGCAGCCUUUUGUACAGAAUUUUUUUUUUACAGUACCUAUUUGUUUUUCACCCAUUAUUAAAGACACCUGUUUAGCCGUGCAUUCUUCAGUCAUUAUAUAGCAGUGGUCGAUACUUUCUAAAAUAUAGCCAUUCUUUGUGGUAACUCCAGGAAAGUGAAGUAUUUAAAAAUGCUCUCAAGUUUGUCUUUUUAGAUUGUUUUGUUUUCAUUAGAUGUAACAAUAUUUUAUUCCUAAACAGAUUUGAUACACAAGUUAAAUAAAAUGACACCAGAUUGCGUGCACCUUUUUUAUUUCCUCGUAA